UUGGGUUUUCGUUGUUCGUUCCGAACUCUCUUUUGCGCCCAGCAAUUUUCUAACCGAAUGGGCCUUGGCGCUCGUUCUAUAUCCGCCAAAGUUCCUUCUUCUGAUCCACGGUGAUGUCCUGCUGCGUUCUGGGUAGCUUCGCCGAGUGCAGCGCGUGCCGAGAACGAAAGUGAAGUGCUACAUUUUGGGUUAACUCCGAGCCAAGCCAAACGCACACGGGUUUGGUGUCCACGACCGGGGACGACAGGGUCCACAUUUUCAGGACUACCGACCGCACGCUGGCCAAGGCACGAUGUGGCCCAUGAAGCUGGACAUGACGCUCGACGAGUGCCGCGGCGUGCUCCGGCGGCUUGAGCUGGAGUCUUACGGUACGAUCAUCAGCGCAUUUCGAGCUCAAGGGACGCUUUGUAAGGAAAAGUCACGAAUAUUGGAGGAUUUGCGGCGGGUGCUGCACAUAUCCAGCGAUCGGCAUCGGGCAGAGGCGCGGCGCGUGGCUAACGAUGAGCGCCUCACAACGGUGGCGGAACUUGUGUGGGGACCGAACAGCUCGCGAGACUGGUGCCGGGAGGGACACCGGACGUUCCCCGUCCUGCCGAGAGCAGUGCCACAUACUGCGCUCUCCUACAUUGCCAACACGGUGUAUGAGCAGCUGACACGAGCUAACUGUAAACUGCCGCAUCCGGCCAAAACGUCCUGCGAUCGGUAUGGUAAAGCGGAGGAACUGUACAAGUUUCAGUUGAUCAAAAUGGAACCAAAGCUUGCUGCAAAUGGUUUCGUGCGUGAUGCGGCUGUUGUAACGUCAGAUCCGUUGCAGGAUAUAAUGUCGAAAAGUUUUAUCGACACUGACCUAUUGUUGGCGGAAGCAAAGUGGAAAGCAAAGGGCCAGCAAGAAGAUACGCUUCAAUCUGAGGUUGUGCCUAACGACGUGACGCCACCGGAAAUGGAAGACUUUGAUGAUGAUGUCCCAUCGCCAUGCUCGCUAGACGAUCAACCAUCGCUCAGUGAUAUCCUGCUCGACACGCCGAAGGCUGCCGCGAGUAACGGUGGCGGACGGGGGGAUUCGCACAGAGCCUCCGGCGGGAAACAGUCCGCGAAAAGCAACGAACGAGCGAGAAAAAGUUCACACGGAGGCAGCGGCAAACGCAGCAUGAAGGUGAAAUCUCCCUAUCCGACGUCAAAGCCGUCUAAGCAAGCGCGAACAAACAAUUUACCCAGUCCGCAUCUGAUUCACUCGUACGCUGUCCCAUACGAUCCGGCAAUAGUUACGAACGGUGUAACCGGGGAGUCGCCACAACUGCAACAGCACCUAACCUCUAAUAUGCCAUACCAACCGCAGCAGGCAAAUCACAGCACUGCCAGCGGCCAGCCUCAGGUAAAAUCUCAGCAAUAUUCCUCCUCCUCCUCGUCGCCAUCGAUGUCGUCGUCUAUUCCGCAUAGCAGCUUUACUUCGCCCAAGGCAACCGUCCACUCAACGACCACACUAUCGACACAGCAGUCGGUGGCUCCGUUACACUCGAGCACGUACUGCCAACAGCGGGAGAUUUACUUGCCGUCGUCCAAAAAGGAUAUCCAGCACAAUAUUUCGAAGCUUAAUCCGACAAACAGUCUACCGGCCACACCGGCGAAAGGAAGUGUAAACUCGACCGCACGAUCAGCAAACAGGGAAGUGUACAGCAAGCUACCGCCACACCUUUCGCAGCCACUACUGAAUUAUAAGAAAUCGCCCAGUAAAAACAUUCUCAUCCCCACAUCGGCCGCCGCGGCAACGCUUGCUAGCUUGGGACUGCCGAGGGCACCGUCGGUCGACCAUUUCAAUCAUUUCGGUUCGGAGGAAGCGACAAAAACACGCGAUCGCACUGAGCUUACACACGAUAGGUACCAAGGGAAGAUUCACGCUCAGCAGGACAUACCGAAUCCGACGAUAGUCUUUUCCGCUGCACCCAGCAAUGCAUCAGCGGAAAACCACUCAAACAACCUCCAGGAACCUAGUGCACCUGAGGAAAGAUCCGAUCAAUCUGCCAACUCAACCGUUGCAUCCAGCUCGAACGCUACAAAUCCUCCCAACGCACUUGUGAACACGCCCGUGAAAGGGCCUACAGCGCAGAGCCUGCAUUCAAAUUCGUCCUCCGACAUCAAACAAACGACUAAUCUCGUAGGUUUCACGUCCGUUAAAUCUGCUCGGCGAAUUUCCGUACAGAAAGUGCAACUCGUGCCGCUAGUCGGUGCAGACGGCACGCCAGCUUCGAUCUCUACGGCACCUGGAUCUGCUUCUAUCUCCAAGAAUAAUGUUUUUAUUUUGCCAAAGUCGUUCCCGUCCGGGUCCGUUCCGGGCAUUGCUCCGGGUCAGAAGAUAAUUCUUCCCAAGAACGACGCAACACCGUCACCGCCGAAGGUGAUCGUUCAACCGGUACCCGAUGUGAACAGUCUCGUCGUACUCGAUGAUGGGCUUGAUAGGCACCAGCGGCAAUUGUUUGCUGCCGAUGAGUCUUCCAGCAAACCG